GAGCUCAUCUUCUUGUAUUUCUUAUUAGGAGUCGCCAUGGAAGAGCAACUCAUGACGGAGAGAAGCAGAGAGAAGAUGAUGAUUAAUGGAGAAAGAAAGAUGGUGGUAUGUGUCACAGGAGCCUCUGGCUACAUAGCUUCAUGGCUGGUUAAGCUUUUACUCCAAAAGGGUUAUAUCGUAAAAGCAACUGUUCGCGACCCAGAUGAUCCAAAGAAAACAGAUCAUUUGGUUGCACUUGAUGGAGCAAAGGAAAGGCUUCAUCUGUUGAAAGCAAAUUUACUAGAAGAAGGAUCUUUUGAUGCUGUAGUUGAUGGAUGCGAAGCAGUUUUUCAUACAGCUUCACCUGUAAUAUUUUCUGUUACUAAUCCACAGACAGAAAUAAUUGAUCCAGCAGUGAAAGGAACUCUUAAUGUUCUUAAAUCAUGCACAAAAGUCCAGUCUAUCAAGAGAGUGAUUAUAACAUCUUCUCUGGCAACAAUGGUAUUUAGUGGAAAGCCUAUGACUCCUGAUAUGGUGGUUGAUGAAACUUGGUAUUCAAAUCCUGAAUUUUGCAGGACAUUGAAGUAUUGGUAUAUGCUCGCAAAAACCCUAGCAGAGGAGGCAGCUUGGAAAUUUGCAAAGGAGAAUUCAAUUGAUUUGGUUACAUUAAAUCCAGGAUAUGUGAUCGGUCCUCUCUUACAACCAACUCUAAAUGAAACGGUGGAGAUGAUUCUCAACCUUGUAAACGGAGCAAAAACAUACUCUGCUGCGUAUUAUAGGUCGAUUGAUGUUCGAGAUGUCGCAGUUGCACAUGUUCAAGCCCUUGAGAUUCCUUCAGCUAGUGGGAGAUAUUGUUUGGUUGCAAAUACGCUGCACUUCUCUGAGCUUUUAAAGAUUGUUCAUCAACUUUACCCUACUUUGCAGCUUCCUGAAGAAUGUGACGGUGACGACAUGGGCUUGCCACUGUACAUGGUAUCACAAGAGAAGGCAAAAACUCUAGGACUCAGCUUCAUUCCUCUGGAAGUGACACUCAGAGACACUUUUGAAAGCUUGAAGGCAAAAGGCUUCCUCAGCAUCUAAUUUAGAGCUUAUUUGACAGAGGUAGGAAAAAAGUAGCAAAGGAAAAAUUGUUUUAUUAUUUAAAUGUUCUCAGGAUUAAAAAUAUAUUAAAAAUAAUUUUAAAACAAUUUGUAAUAUUUUUCAAUUAAUAUAAUAAAGUAUAAUAUUUUUCUCAA